AUGAUUGGUGGAGUGAAACAAGAGAGAUGUGAUGAAUGGCCAAGUUUUUACAUGAACCAGGCUUAUCGUGGAGCAGACAGUAUGCGAUUAAGCAGUGAGCCGUACUCUUCUCCAAAACCCUAUCACGUCUUCAGUCUGCCAAAAGAAUCGAUGGCUGGAGAAGAGACAGAAAGGAUCGAGUCUCCACCAGAUGUCCUGGUCCAACAGAGGUGUCCUGAAACAGAUCGACUGGAUCAUCCUGACCUGAAAUCGGUGUAUCGGAGAACUUUCAACCACACCAAGCCUCCUUAUUCCUACAUCUCACUGAUUUACAUGGCUAUCCAGCAGUCACCGUUGAAAAAACUCACCCUGAACGAGAUCUACGACUGGAUCCGUCAGCUCUUCCCUUAUUACCGGCAAAAUCAACAGCGUUGGCAAAACUCCAUUCGCCACUCUCUUUCGUUCAAUGACUGUUUUGUGCGGGUCCCAAGGUCCCCGGAUUCGCCAGGGAAAGGCUCCUUCUGGACCCUGCACCCUGACUCUGGCAACAUGUUUGAAAAUGGCUGCUACAUGCGCCGGCAGAAACGUUUCCGGUGCCAGAGUGCAACAUCACCAUCCGCAGCUAAAAACGCUUCAAAGAAGGCAGACAGAGAAUCAGGAAAGGAAGAGGGCAAGAAAAAGGCAUCAGAGGUUAAACCGACAGUCUUAUCAUCCAGCUCGCCACCCCAGCCCUCGAAACCUCCAAUGCCAGCAGUGUUGCCACCAGUCAUGGAUUGCCCUCCCAUGUCACCUUCACAUAUCCUGCCUCAGCAACACACCACACACUCACUGACUCCAUUUCCUCCAUCUUCAGAACCUUCUGCACACCUAACAAAUAUACCUUGCCCCACCAUGUCAACACUUCAACCAACUGCUUCCUGCCCUUCGGAGUCUUGCAUUCAUGGAGAACCCUUCUUCCACCAGCCUCUGUCUGUGCCGCCAAUUAUGGACUUUCAGUGCUAUGAGCCUCCUGUAGCUUACCCUGUUUAUUAUCCAUCAUCAAACUCCAACAUCCAUCAGUAUAAUCCAUAUCUCACAGGCAAGGAGGAAUCCUCAUAUGCAGGAGACUCAGUGUGCUACUCUGGACUCAGCAUGUGCCCACUGCCAGUUUUAAGCUCCUCCUGAAGCACUAGUUUACCUGUUUUUUUUUCCUGAGCUACUCGAGUGUGUUUUG